AUGGAUUCUAAGCAAUUUGGAUCCGAGAGUACCUCGCAAGUAUUCAUAGCGUCCCCAUUAAUGAUUGGGGUUGGAGUGAUAGCUAUUGUCUUGUUACUUCUCAGAGAAGCAUACCGGACGGACGUACCAAAGGUCGCUGGGAUCCCCGAGGUGCCAGGCGGCCUUCCUUUUGUCGGUCAUCUCCUUCCUCUCGGAGGUCGUCAGAAAAGAGGUGAUUCCGUCAUUUUCUCCAGAUGGGCUUCUAAACUCAAGUCCGACAUCUUUCAAAUACGGCUGGGGAGCCAGCGCGCUAUAAUUGUCUCAUCAUGGCCACUGAUCAAGGAUCUCUGGGUCACAAAUUCCAACGCUCUUAUCGAUCGUCCUUGGCAACCUGGCUUCAUAAACCAUCUGGGCAUCGACAUUUCUAGCUCACCAAUGACACCCACGAUCAGAAAGUGCAGAGCAGCAGCUAUGAAGGCACUAGGCAGCCCCAUGUGGCCAAGUUACUAUCACUUGUUGGAACCCAACUCUGUGAAAAUGUGUCAACAGAUUUACACGAGGGGACAGAACGGAAAAUUGCCUACAGAUCUGUACCCUUAUUUCCGUCAAGUCGUGACUGACCUCUGCUUGUCUCUCACAUACGGUGCUCGUAUGGGUGACAUCGAUGAUGAAUUCUCUCUUCAGCUUCUACAUGCCCUUCAAUCUAUCACCGAAGUGCGCUCAUCCACGGAGGAUUUCUCACACUACGUACCAUUGCUUCGCCUCAUCCCAAAGAGCACAUCCAAAACUAUCGCUGCGGAAAAGGUACGCCGAAGGCUGUUGGACAUUUUGUACGACCAGUAUCUGGAAAAGGUAGCAAAGGGUGAGACGGUCAACUGUAUUGUCUCAGAACUGGGGAAAGAAAAGCUCACUCUGGAAGAGCUCCGCGGAACCUGUAAUUCCUUACUACAAGCCGCGCCUGAUACCGUUGCUUCAGGUAUCUAUCAAGCAGCAGGGUGGCUCUCCAGCCACGAAGGCCGAAUGUUCCAGCCAGAGGCGUACAAAGCCAUUCUUGAUGCAUACGAUGGCAACCGAGAUCAGGCAUGGGAUAUGGCAUUCCGCGAGGAGAAAGUCCCAUUGAUAGCAUCUCUGUACAAGGAAGCGCUACGAUGCUACUCUCCCACACCAUUCGCUCAAGGCCGGGCAACAGUCAAAGAAAUCAACUACAACGGGAUAAAGAUCCCCAAGGGAAUCACCAUGAUCAUGAACGCUCAGGACGCAAACCUUGACCCGCGGUAUUUCGGCCACGAUGCAGCGAUCUUCAACCCUGCUAGAUUUAUCGGAAACGAUAGCAGCCUUCCAACUCUUGCGUUCGGAGCUGGAAGCCGUCAAUGCCCUGCGACGAAUAUUGCGAGUCGCAUCAUGUAUGCCAUGCUCACGAGACUGAUAUUGGCUUUUGAGAUCAAAGAGGCCAAGGGGCCAGGGAUGCGCCAGCCGAGCCUUGACAAGAGGGACUUCUCCGAUGUGCAUGGACUUGUUGAUGUGCCGAGGCCGUUUGACUGUUACCUGGUUGCUCGUGAUCCGGUAUGGCUGCAAAGCCUUUCCACAACGCGAGGCAAGAAAGCAUAAGAAGACAGGAUAGAGGUUACCUUUUAUUCGUAGGAACAUCGUAUGUACAUGUGGUGAUCGAACUACUUUGUUUCAAUGAGUAAAUAUUAACUGAUCUUGGCGAAAUCCCC